GGAUGGGGUCCCGUGGGGAUCUAAAGCAAGAGCUUCACUGGAGCGAACUUAUCAGACAAAUUAGCAUAUGCGUUGAGCCAUUCCAGCUAAACUCAGACCCAAAGCAACCAAGUGUUUUGCCUAUUAUCUUACACGGGGGUUCAAAUGACGCGAAAUUUGUUCACGUGCACGCAAUUGUCGACCCUGGAAGUGUGUUAGGAGAGAUUGAUGAGGGGGAUAUUGUGCUGCAAGUGAAUGAUGUGAAGGUGGGGGGAUUCACAGUUAGGGACGCAGAGAGUUUGCUGCAACAGGAGGCUGCUCUUCGGUCGCCAGAAGUUCAUCUUGCCAUAGUAAAUGCAGACUGUGGUUUGUCGUUGGAUCUGAGAGACCUGUUGCAGGCCAGAUUCGAUAGAGAAACGCCGGAUUACCAGCUGCAGAGUGACGUCAGAGCCAACAUCCACAGAUACAUCAUUCCCUACACGACGCUAAUGAUGGAACAAGAAAAUCAAGAAUCACCAUAUCAACACGUGACCCAGCUUCAAUUCCUGGAUCUCGAGAACCAGAAUUUUUUCCUGGAGAGCACAGUCUUCGAAGGCAAUUAUUACGGCACCCCCUGUCCAGAAAACAUAGCUUUUGACGACCACGUCAGUGAAAUCCAGGAGGACACUCCCAUAGAAUCCCAUGCAUUCACUGAUAAAAUCAUGGAGUUGCCACCCGGCUGGGAGAGAAUAGAAGACUUGGACCAGAACAUUGUUUAUUAUGUCGAUCAUAUCAACAGGAAGACUCAAUUUGAGCCUCCCGAUCCAAUUCAAAUAUCACAAUUCGAGGUAGUGCAAUCUAAAAUAGACUCUGAACCAGUGCGAACAGACUAUUUCUGGGAGGACGUGGACACAGUUCUGGUCAAAUCUGACCGGGGAUUCGGAUUCACUCUGCAACCUGUUGGUCCCUCCUACGACAUAAAACAGUCGCCUCUACAUGGCAAUGAGGACAGUGGAAGUUGGUAUGUACGCCGGUUGAAGCUACUGGGCGAUGCUCUGCAAAUAACGGAGAUCGUAGAGGGAGGACCAGCAGACAGAGCGAAAUUAAAACAAGGCGAUAUACUCUGCUUGGUUAACGAGACUUCGGCCAUAAACGCAGACAACAGACUGAUUGCGGGAAUAUUCCAAGCACUGUCUGAAGGAGAUUCGGUCAAGGUAUCUGUCAAGAGAUUCAAGGAUGAACCCAGUUUAAAAACCCCAAUUUACGUCUCUUCUGCUGCUGGGUCGAGUACAAAUAGCAGUUCUUUGAACCAGAGCGGCGCCUCAAACCAGAACUCAUUCGACAAAACGGUUUCUUCGAAGGCAACAGUUAUAGACGUUUCAGAAAUGUCUCACCAGCGGAAUAGAUUAAACUCGAAAGCCGACUUUUACAGACCUCAAAGUGCGAGUUACAACUUUGACGCCCAAAGGUCUUCAUGGAACAGACGAAGCGAUAUCGAGUCCCCAAACAAUCGAAAUAUCAAUAGCAAUAACAGCAGUUUUCAUGAGGUAAAUGCCAACGGCAACGGUGCUAUCAUGCACGCGCCUCAAAGAUAUUCGGCGGGUAAUGAUUACUCGGCUAUAAACUAUAAACGCAGUAGUCAAGGUUUCGACAGACAUCGAAAUUCGAAGGAAAUUGAUGAACUGGAGAGAGAAUCGGCGGCAAUUGAUCACAUUUAUGCAUCGUUAAUUCACGACCAGACAACAUCAGCGGUGUCUUUACGACAGAAGCUACCGAGUCAGACGCAAUAUCCGCCGAUAGCUCAACAGAGUCAGAGUCGUCUCAGCAGACAGUCGGAUUCGUCUUCUUCUCAUUUUGUGAACGAGGAUCGAAUCAACAUAAAAGGUUCCCAAAGUUAUGAGACAAGCAGACCUGUUUCACAAACAGAAAGCGAGGACAAUAUGUUGGGUGAGGAUAUGAUGGGGUAUGAAUCCAAGAGUAGCACUCUGACCCGUAAGACGAAGGACUUGGAGCCACGUCAGCUUUACCAAGUGCAAUCCAGCAACGGCCCAUCAACUUUUCCUGAUGGCCAGCACCUACAAGUUACGAUUAUGAAGAGCUCGUUUGGAUUCGGGUUCACUCUAGCUGCAAUCGCCCUGAACGGAUACCACGUGCAAGUGAAACAAGUUCUAGACCAGCAGCACUGUCAACAGUUAUGCAGUGGCGACAUCUUAACCAGCAUCAACGAAACAAGCACUCGCAAUGUGUCCAAAGAUCAAGUUGUUAACAUGCUCAAAGGCUGUCCUGUAAACCAACUGACGUUUCUAAACGUGAUCAGAGGUGUGCAAUCAGUAGCUGAACGCCUAAUGGGAGGUUCGAUUCUUGCUUUGAAUGGUAAUGGUGACGCAAACUCGGCGAGGCUCUUGGCGCCUCCCAAUUCAAGAAGGAACAGAGAUGAUGGCGAUUUUUACGUAAAGUUAAAAACAAAAAGGGAUGAAUUUGGAUUUGAAAUAAGAGGAGGAGCAGAAGAGAAUUCCAGUAUCUUCAUCGGAUCCAUUUUGGACAACACAGCUGCCUCCGAAAACGCACAAAUCAAAAGUGGCGAUGAAUUAUUGGAAAUAGAUGGGGAAUCGGUAGCCGGUGAAGCGCACAGCAAAGCUGUCUGGCUUCUGAAGAGAGCAAAGAGUAGAGGCCAAGUGGUGCUGAAGUUGAGAAGGAGUGCUGCGUUUCUCUACGACUUGACAGUUAGACGAAGUCCAGAAGAGAGUUUCGGAUUUGUUAUUGUGACGUCAUCAAACAAGCAGUAUACGAAGAUUGGCGGCAUUGUUCCAAACUCUCCUGCUGAGAGGUGUCGCGACUUGCAGGUAGAUGACCGUGUACAUGCAGUGAACAAUGUGAGAAUACAGGGCUUGGAGCACCCGAGUAUAGUGUCCUUGAUCAAAGAGUCAGGACAAGUGGUCACUCUCACUCUGAGCAGGGAUCCCGUGUGGUCACAGUCUGAACAGAAGCUGAACAAGUCCUCUGAGCUGAAACUACUCAAUGCACUCACAAACGAAUUCAUCAAUACAAGUCUACUUUCUAAUUCCAAGGAGACCUCGAAUAUGAGUAAGAUGAACAAUGCCAAUUUCCUGUUCAGUGAAUCACCAGCACAGAAACCAAAUCCCUCUCAGCUCAAUGGAGGUCUUAAAUCUUUUCUAUCCUCCAACUCUCCUCAAAAUCCCUUGCCGCCUAGACCAGCCAAUUUGCCUACGGAUCUGACCCCGGAGUUAAUUAACCACAGUGUUAGCCAACAAGCAUCCUCUAUGCAUAAUUUUAGUUCGGAUUUGAACUCUCCCUCGGUGGGCAAUAUUCUCAAGUGUAGAUUAGUGAGAGACGAGAGAGUGGGUUUCGGAUUCAGCGUGAAGGGAGGCGUGGACUUCGGGAACCCGAUCAACAUAUUCAAAAUUGCGCCUGAGGGACCUGCCGACAGAUCUCAGCGAGUAAAGAUUGGUGACGUGAUUCUGGAAGUUAACGGCGCGAGUACACAUAGCAUGACUCAUGCGGAUUUCUUGAGUGCAGUUAGAAGCACUCCUUCUCAAGUGCAACUGGUACUGAGCAGAGCUUCAACACCUGCUUAUCUUUCUCAGCCUGUCACACCCACUGGAAAAUUCUGAAGUUCAAAUGUGUUCUAUUGCAACUGUAGACUGAUAUUAUAGAUCCAUAUCUAUCUUAAGCAGUGGUGUAUGCUGGAUUUUCUUGAUGUGCUUUAGAUUUGUAUCAGGUUUUUUUCCUGCAAUUAUUUUAGUUGCGAAACCCGCGGCGACAAUAUGGAAAGGGGUCUGCGGAAUUGCAAUGAAUAGUUGAUCCACAAUGAACGUGGCAUAAGUUUUGGUGUUGCAAUUUUCGAGUCAACAUUUCUCUAUCCAAUAUUUAAAUUAGUAAAAAGCUCGCAAAUUUUGUGACGCUAUUAAUAGUAAUUUCCCUAUCCUGAGUUUUUAAAUUUUCAUUUGCAAAAUUCUAAUUCGUUUUAGAGAUUAAAUGUGUCUAAUGUUGACUGUAUAUGUAGAUAAGUAUAGCUGUA